AUGUCUUAUGAAUUGAAAUCAUCUCUUGAAACAUUACCUAUUGAACUUAUUUAUCGUAUAUUUGAUAAUCUCGAUCUAGAAACAAUUCUUUCAUUUCGUUACGUAUGUCAACGAUUUUAUUCUAUUACAAAUACUUACAAUCGAUAUAAACUUGACUUAAAAUUAAUUUCAAAAUAUCAUUUUGAUUUAAUUUGUCGUAUAAUUCAUCCUGAAAAUAUUAUUUCACUUAUACUUUCAGAUGAUGAUAUGACACCUGGUCAAAUUUCAUCAUUUAUUUCACAUUUCUCUAUUGAUCAAUUUAAUCGAUUACGUACAUUAACAUUUUGUAAAAUAACAGAACAAGAUUUAAAUAAAUUUCUCAAACAUAUUACUAUUUCUUCACUUAAUUCAUUAAUUAUUGAACAACGUGAUUGUUAUACUUCUUCAAAUAGUCAAUUAACAAUGUCUAUUCUUUCUCAUAUAAUAACACAAUCUAAUCUUUGUAAACUUGAAUUAGACAUGAGAUCUUAUUGUACAGAUGAAAUAUUAUGGCCUAGUCAAUAUUCUAUAAAAUAUUUGACAAUUUCGAAUUGUAAUUCUAAUCAAAUUCUUAUUAUUCUUCGUCAUUCAUCUCAUUUAAAAUCAUUUAUUGUAAAGAAUUGUAUUAUACAUAAUCUAACUAAAACUAUUUCAAUAUCAUCUGAUUUAAAACUAUUAAAACAAUUAACAUCAAUGAUAUUUGAAGAUAGUGAAUUAUCAAUGGAUACACUUGGAUGGUUUCUUUCAUCAAUGCCUUCACUUAUUUAUCUUAAAUUAGAAGGACGACCAUUUAUGUAUGAUUCAAUAUUUGGUCAAAUUCGAUUAGAAAAUUUUAUUCAAACAAAAUUAUAUCAUUUAGAAAAAUUUGAAUUCUUUUUUCGUUUUGUUUAUUCAGAAGUUAUACAAAAUCGUAGUACUUCUAUUGAAACACGUCUUGAACAAUUUCGAACUCCAUUUUGGCUUGAAAAUAAACAUUGUUUUGUUAAUUGUGAUUAUAUUAAAAGUUCUGGUGAGAUUUUAUUAUAUUCAAUACCUAUAUGUAAUCAUCGUUUCGAAUAUUAUGAUGAUUCAAAUAAAAUUUCAAGUUCAACAUCUUCUACAAUCUAUAACGAUUCAAUAGUAAUGGAUAAUGUGCGUGAACUUGAUUUACAUUUAAAAAAUAUCACCAAUACAUCAAUGAUAAAAAAGAAUGUACAACCGAUGUUUCGUAAAUUAACCAAGCUCAAACUUAUUAUUAGUGAUGAUUGGUCACUGGAUUCAUUUCAAUUUGUUUCUAUUUUAAUCGAUCUUUCACAUCUAGUUAAAAUAAUAUUAAUUAUUUCUUCUCGUGGUGAUUUUCUUCAAGAAAUGAUUGUGAAUUUCUUUGAUUUAAUGAAACAAGCAUGUAAUGUUUGUUCACUUGAAAUAUUUAAUCGAUGGCAUGGUAUUAGUAAUUUUAUGAAUAUAGAAAAUUUUUGUUCAAUAAUGCCUCAACAUAUCAAACAUCUUGAUAUUGAUAUUGUGAAUAUUAAUGAUAUGAAAGUUAUUCUUGAACGACUCGAACAAUUAUCAAGUGUUAAAUUUAAAUUUUCAUUUGAAAAAUGGAUUUUUGCUAAAGAAAUUCUUGAAUGGAUUUCUCAAAAAAGAAAUAAUUCAACACAUUUGAAAGAGAUGCAUUAUUUAUCUUUGUGGCUUGGAAAAAAGAAAAAUAUUCUAUCAUCAAGAACGACUAGUCAUAAACGUAUCAAGCUAACUCAUUAG